GAUCAGAUAAGAUUGAUGAGACAAUGUCACAUCGUAUGAAAUAUAGUUUGGAAAAGAAAAAAAUCAUAUUAAAUGAAUAUGAUUAUGGUAACCAUACUACAAAACAGAUUGCCGAAAAAUAUCAGAUGCCAUUAUCAACCGUAUUGUAUUUUAUUCGUAAUCGUUCGAAAUAUGAACAAAGAAAUAAUCAUCAUCAAGAUGAUCAAGAUGACCAAGAUAAUAUCGGUGUAAAACGUAAACGUUUGGACAUUGAUUCGAUUUGUUCAAGUGAUGAUAAUGAUCAUCAAAAUCAACAACAACAACAACAACCAAGAAUUCGAAAAAUUUCCAACGAUAUGAAAUCAAAGAUAAUCAAAGCAUGGGAAGAACGUGAUCAAGGUGGUAACGAUAAUGGUGGUGGUGGUGGUGUUGGUUGGUCAAUGCGUAAAAUUGCCGAACAUUUUGGUGUUUCAACACGUAGUGUUAGCCGUUGUUUAGCUUAUCAACGAAGAAGAAAUGAUCUAAUAACCUCGAACAACGAUAAUAAUUCUCCGGAUCACCAUAAAAUUGAUGAUAAUGAAUUUGAUCUCGACGACGACGACGACGAUGAUGAUGAUGAUGAUUUAAUAGCGAUUCAAUCGAAUUCGAACUUUACAGAUGAACAUUGUAUUGAUGAACAACGAUUAUUGGUUGGUGAACAUCAAUCUUCGACGAUGAUUUCAAAUUCGGAUCAUCAAAAUGAUGAAAAUGAAACGAUCCAUAGACAAUGGUCAUCGAUAAAACGAUCAAAAUCGACAAUUGAUCCAUGUGAUCAAAAAUUGGAUGAUGAAUUAAUCAAUUCCAUCAAUGAAAUUUUUGAUCAUUUAAAAAAAUUACGUAACAUUUCGAAACGUUUAAAAUCACCAUUAAAUCGUAUGGUUUUAAAAUUUAGUGAAACAAUUUUACAACAAGCUAAUAGCUAUAAUUCUAUAUAG